CCGGGCCAGCAACGCCCUGGGCCCGGCAGGUGCGUCGGCGUGCCGGGCGGGGCCGAGGGCGGGGCUCCAACGCCUGCCGCGGCAAGCCCUGUGGUGUGGUCAGCGCCGGGCCGGAAGAGGCGCCAAGCAAGAAGCCCGCGGCCAUCGGGCCGAUCUGCAAGGGGCCUCGUAACGUGUGCCGGAGCUAUAGCCGCAGGCAGAACUCGCGCGCCACAUUCUGCGCGGCGGUGUGGAAACUGGGCUGCCUGCUGGGAAGGGCGAAGCAAACACAGAAGCAGGGCAGGUGGCGCCCUCGCCGGCCCGCGCCCCACCCCGCCGAAUGCGAUGGCGCGCGGCGGCGGCAAUUUGGCUGCGCAGCAUUUGGGCGGCCGCCACUCUCUUGGGCCCCCCGCAGUAAAUUGCGCCUGCUGGGACUUCCGGCCCGGGCCCGCGCGCUCGGGGGCGCCCGCUUUGGUUCUUUUCACGUACCGCCGCCGCCCCUGCCUUUUCGAUCGCGUUGGUUAGUUUUGAUGAGGGCGCAGGCCGUCCAGGGCGCCUGCUGCUUUUCGCGCAGGCACACGGAUGGCGCGCCCCUGCUACUCCAC